CGCAACAACAGUGUGCAACGCAAUGUUUGUGACAAAAAAAAACUGAUCGCGUGCCAGAUUUUUCUAUAAAAAUUCUGGUUUCAUUUACAAGUAGAGGAAUACUAAUUGUGCAAUCGUGAUCGAAAGAGCAUUUUUCGCUAAAGUGCGGUAGCUGCAAUGGAUAUAGCAAAGGAUACAAUGGCUCAGUUUCAAUGGACCAAUAUUUGGCAUCAAUACUAUGCAACUUUUGUAGGGAAUUUAAUUAUGUUGGGUCAUGGAUUGAUUGUUGGCAGCUUGGCACCUGCGUUGUCGAUAUUAUCUUCGAAAAACACUCCACUGGCGUCUGGAGUUCCACUUAACAACGAAGAAGUGUCAUGGAUCGGCUCAAUAAAUUGCUUAGGCGGCUUGUGUGGAUCCAUUUUAUUUGGUUACGCUGCAUCUGUAAUCGGUUGCAAACGAUCCUUAUUUUUCGUGUCAUUUACUACUGCCACAUUUUGGGUGCUAACUUAUUUUGGAACAGUUUAUUCAGAAAUUUUCGUCGCAAGGUUCAUCAGUGGGCUAUCAGGAGGCGGGAUACAAGCCGUUUCCAUUUUAUUUAUUUCGGAAAUUUCAAACGAUGAUAUCCGAGGCCGACUUGGUAGUGUUACGCUUGUUAUGCGAAAUAUCGGCAUUUUAAUCGCAUAUAUUCUGGGAGCAACAAUCAACUACUUUCAAAUGCCGAUUGUAUGUGUUUCGGUUCCAAUCAUUUUUAUGAUUCUAUUCCUGAUGUUGCCAAACACACCGCAGUACUUUCUUCAGAGAGGUCAAACCAAAGCAAGUGAUGAU